AGAACGAGGUUGUCUUCGAUAUAUGUAGGUUAUGAAUCUUGGAAAGUGUGAAAAGAUAUCCUAUAACAUUUUUUACAAAAAAUAUUUAAUGAAAAGUACGUCUUAUGACAGAAACAUUACAUUUUUACACAAGGUAUUAUAAAACGGAAGACUAUGGCUAGGCAAAUGACGCAACGAAUGAUUGUGAAUCUUCUGCUGAAAGCUCAGCCUCAGCCUUUUUUGAAACCGACUCUGCCGCUAUACAUGAACGGUUAUUCGCCCUUUGUCAAGGCCGUUUUGCAGAAUAGAAUGCUGUGCAAGCAUGUAGAAAUAGUGGAUCACACCUGUAAGAUAUCAAAUUACAGUGAUUACCUCACAAAUUACAAGCCGAAUCAGCGGAUCAUGAGGAAUACUCUUCAAGAAUUACUGAGUAUGACGGGAAAGGAUUUUAGCAAACUUAUCAACAAGCAUCCACAGCUGAAGAAGAGAUCUAGGGCAGAUAUUCUGAACAAUUAUUAUAAUCUAAUAAAGGCUGGCAUACAAAAAGACACUAUCAUAAACAACACCUGGUUACUGACACACGAAAGCAAUAAAUUGACAAAUAAGCUUGACUGUAUCAAAGUUCUAAAUAUGGAUAACAACCAGCUUAUACCAUGGCUAUGCUUAACCCAAGAUGAACUAGCAAUCUAUGUAUUUUAUACUCAAGAGGAUAUGGAGCCUUAUACAUAUAAUAGACUGGAAUAUCUUUCUCAUAAAUUAGAGUGUAGCAUAUAUCGAUUAUGUGAAAUAACAGUACCAAAUUCAUUCUUAUUAAAAAUACCAAUUUCUUCUAUAGAUAAAAAAUUGAAUAUAUUAUACGAAUAUAAUAUACAAAAUAAAGAUAUAUUAAAAGACACAUGGGUGCUUCGAUACAGCAAAAAUUACAUACGUCAUAAAUGUGAAUUAUAUAAAGAUACAGGAAGGUUAAAGAUAAAUACAUGGGCUAUACGAUGUUCGUUUCAAGUUAUAUCAAGGGCCAUUCAAAAGAAUAAGGUGAAACGUAGCUUAAUGCAGCAUUAUGGAAAUGUUAGCGACUAUUUGCAAAAUAAGUUGAAACUCGACGAUGAGGUGCUCAAUUCAUUGGUCCAGAAAGUACCAAGUAUUUUACGAGUGAAUAUAGCGAAAUUGAAUCAGUUAAUCAAUAUACUACAUCAGAAUGGCAUUACUAACGAUGAAAUAUUACGGCAUUCACGAAUUUUUUUCAAUAUAGAUACUAUACAGAAUCGAAUUGCGAUUUUAAAGAAGGCAAAUCUUGCUCUAAAAAUUACUGUGCUAAUAAAAUCUGAGCAAAGCUUUGAUCAGUAUAUAGAGAUGACUAAUGAACGGCAGAAAUUGUUGCAAGAACAUGGAAGCUUUAAGAAUUACUUAAUCAACACAUUAAAUGUGGAGGAAAAGCAUUUUGAAGAAGCAAUUACAAAAUAUCCAUCUAUUCUACGAAUGAAUUUUAAAAAAUUGCCCGAAUUGAUCGAUUUGUUACGACAAAAUGGUAUAACGAGUGAUGACAUAGUAAGUCAUCCAAGAAUUUUGUAUAUAUCUAUUAAUACGUUGCGUAAGCGAAUUGAAAUGCUGAAAGAAAACAAUAUACCGCCAAAAGUCAAUUUAUUAAUAAGUAAAGAAUCUUUGAUCGAUAUAUGAAACACAAUACACAAUUCAGAAUACAUAAUUCGAAAAAUAUUAAUACAGAUUAAUACUUAUUAAAUUUAUUUCU